AUGGUAAGCGACUCCCGUUGUGAGCCAUUUUAUCUGCUCACUCUGUCAGGUUCAUUUGGGGCUUCUCCUACCGCGAUCCGCAACAAGGAAACACAGAUUCGCCAUGAGUGUGAAACUAAUCCGUGCCCUUUCAUCAAAUACCGCUUUCCUCGCUUAUUGAAUGAGUCCCGAGUGGCCAUGUGUGAGUUUCUCGGUGUACCCGAAUCCACAAUAGUUUUUGUGCCAAAUGCAACUACCGGAAUCAACACGGUGCUGCGGAAUAUAGUAUGGAACACGGAUGGAAGAGACGAGAUUCUGCAGUUUGACGUGAUAUAUGGUGCGUGCGGGAAGACCACCAGCUAUGUCUGUGAAGCGAAUGCAAACAUCGUGCGCACUAGACAAAUUCCCCUCGAAUACCCAAUGAAUGAUUCUGGGGUCGUGCGCACGUUUCGCAAAGCGAUAGAUGUGUCCCGAGGAGAAGGAUACCGCCCGCGUAUUGCAAUAUUCGAUACAAUCUCAUCCAACCCUGCUCUUCGGUUUCCCUUUGAAAAACUUACUGCGGUCUGCCAUGCAGAGGGCGUUCUGAGCUUGAUAGACGCUGCUCAUGGAAUUGGUCAAAUUGAACUUGAUCUUCCAUCGCUGAACCCAGAUUUUUUGGUCAGCAAUUGCCAUAAAUGGCUAUUCACUCCUCGUGGAUGUGCAGUCUUCUAUGUUCCCGUGCGCAACCAAUGGAUGAUACGCAGCACUUUGCCAACAAGUCACGGUUAUGUCGCUGGGUCUUUGAAUCGAGAUCAAUGGCCUUUAAAAAAUCCCACGGAUCUCGCGAAUGGCACGACCGCAUUUGUAUCCAACUUCGAAUUCGUUGGCACCACCGAUAAUUUUUCGUUCUUGACGGUCCGAACCGCGAUUGAGUGGAGACAAAGUGUCUGUGGUGGUGAAAAGGCGAUUCAGGAGUACUGUCGUCGGCUUUGCCGCGAGGGAGGUCAACACGUUGCGGAAAUUCUGGGGACGAGGACUUUGGAGACCACGGAGGGGGCUUUCGCAAAGACCUACAUGGUCAAUAUUCUUCUUCCUCUCGACAUACCUACUGAAGGCUGUGGGAGUCAGGUCACAGACGAAGAUGGCUUAGAUGUCACUGUCAGCGAAUGGAUGCAGCAGAGUAUGAUCAAUCACUAUCGAACGUUCAUGCCUGUUUUCCCCUUUCAGGGAGCUUGGUGGGUAAGAUUGAGUGCACAAAUCUAUCUUGAGCAAAGCGACUUUGAAUGGGCAGCUCAGACGCUGAAGAAGCUGUGCGAAAGGUUGCGAGAAGUCAAUUCUGGAGUGAAAAGUGGGAAAUGA